GAACACACCGACCCACUGAGAACCUGUGCCUCCCUGCAACACUCCUCCCUUCACAUAAAGUGCACGGCAGGGUCGACGCGCGCUCGGUCCAGACGAACUUUCCGCGAGUUCUGAUGGAUUUUUGCACAAGUGCGUGAGAUCAAAAGGAUGUCACCCGAUGCGAACAAGACCAACCUGACGGCGGAGAGCCGGGACGCAGCGGCAGCGUCGGACCCUAACUGGCACGUCCUGUUCGGCGCGUGUCUGACGCUCGCGGCCGUCAUCUCCUCGGGAGGCUUGUUCUCCCUCGUGUCUCUGCUCAGGACGCGGAGCAGGUCGUCCAUGUGCCUCAUCGUGGCCUCGCUCUCGGUGGACGACCUGAUCUGCGUGGUGCCGCUGUGCCUCGCCAUGGCCCUGCAGUGGACCGGGGACGGGACGGUGUGCACGUUAUCCGGUCUCCUGUACGUUUUCCAGGGACUCUCGAGCAACAUGAAGGCGUGCCUGGUCGUGGCGUACGCGCUCUACACGACCAAGCGCGUCGGCGCGCGCCAGGAGAGCGACGAGGAGGCGGGGAGCGCGAGACGCGGCCGGGUGCUGUGCGCGCUCGCGCUGGUGUGGACGCUGAGCCUGGCGGUGAGCGCGCUCCCGGUGUGCGGCUGGGGCCGUUUCGCGCGCGCCUCCUUCGGCUGCCUGCCGCGCAACGACGACCUCUACGCGCCGUUCCUGUGCGCGCUGUACGCGCUGUGCGCCGGCGGGCUCGCGGUCUGCGCCGCGCCUCUCGCGCACCGGCUCCUGUGCUCCGCCGAGGCGCUCCAGUCCGGCGCGUUCACCUCUCUGUCUCGGGAGAGUCUGGACAGGAGCUUCGGUGGGUUCGGAUCGCACGGGGCCGGACUGAGGAAUAAGAGCGAGACAUGCUCGUGCUCUUCUCCCGCCAGUGAGCUGCGCUUCGGGAAGGACGGCGUGCGCCGCUGCCCCGCCAGGCUCUUCGCGCAGAAACGCUUCUCGCUGAUCCUGGCGAUGGCUCGAGUGCUGCUGUGGAUGCCCAUGAUGAUACAGAUCCUCAUCAGCUACAUCAUACGGGUACACAGUUCAUCCGCUGAGACACUGUGCUUUUUCCUGACCUUGCUCUCAGCCACUGUCACCCCAGUGUUCUGUCUCUCCGAGCGCUGGAUUCAUCUUCCCUGCGGCUGUUUCAUCAACUGCGGUCAGGAUGUCGGCUCUGUCUCCUCUGCCAUGCAUAAAAGGAGAUUCGAAUUCAACCUUUCCUUCCAGCAAGGUUACGGGAUUUACAAGAUACCUCACGCGCCCUCACCGACCGUGGAGAAGCCCUGCUACAGCAGUCUGUAUGACCACGAUUUCUCCAAAAGCCGCGUGGCGAUCCUUAGCAGCGGGCAGAUCACGAGUCUGGCCUCACGUGACUUCAGGAAGAUGGUGGUGGAAGAGGAGGAGGAUUGCUCCCUCCACGGUAAGCUCCUCUCGGACAAGGUGUCGCAGCAGGUGAGGACGGACACCCCGGAGCAGCUGAACUCGGUGGAGCAGGACGCUUUCGGAAAGGUGUCUCCUGCCGUGUCAGGCUGUGACGGGGAGGAUCUAAACCUGGACACUUCCUCCGUCUUCGACGGUCCAGAGAGAAGGCUGUCGCAUGAGGAGUGUCGUAAGAUCGAGCUGUCCGACUGGGAGUGGUGCAGGAGCAAAUCAGAGAGGACGCCCAGACAGAGAUCUUCAGGCGGAUUGGCGAUACCUCUUUGUGCUUUCCAGGGGACUGUGUCUCUCCAAGCACCCACUGGCAAAACACUCUCCCUGUCCACCUAUGAAGUGAGCAGUGAUGGCCUCAGGAUCUCCCCCAACAACGCCAAGAAGGUCGAGGUGUACCGCUCUAAAUCAGUGGGGCAUGAGCCUAGCGCGGAAGAGCCUAACUCCGGCAGCGGUUGUGUAGGAGUGGCCGACACCAAUGUGAAGAUCCACUUGGAGGUCCUGGAGAUCUGUGACAAUGAGGAGGCCAUGGACAGUGUUUCCAUCGUAUCCAACAUCAGCCAGUCGUCAACGCAUGCACGCUCCCCAUCACUGCGCUACUCUCGCCGUGAAAAUCGCUUUGUAUCAUGUGAGCUGGGAGAGACGGCGUCAUACUCACUGCUGAUCCCUGGCUCCAGUCCGGAUGCUGAUGGCCUUAACAUACACAUUCCAGAUACGGUGGAGGCUCACCGGCAAAACAGCCGGCGCCAACGGAGCGAAGCAGGCGGUUACCGUGAGGAGAUCCAACUUCUAAAUGAGGUCUACAAGAAACAAGAGGGAGAACUGGAGAACUAGUAUUAGCAGAUGUUUAGAGAUCUUGGUAGUGCUUAAUGAAAGGGGUUUGAAUGUCUUCAAGUAAAAAAGUUUUAAUAGAGAACAAACUUGAGACAGGAGAAAUAAACAGGACACAGGCUGGGAAACAGUUAAUUUCAGAAUCUUCUAGAAGAUCUAGGAGUCAGAUGAAGGAAAAGUAUGUGGUUUUGCAAAAUUUAAAAAUAGGCUUGAGAGGUAUCAAUAAUUCCAUGCAGUUAAAUACGGGAAUAUACAAAUUCCUUUUGGGGGGAACACUUAAAAGGUUUAUACAGAGUCAACAAAACGUCUGACUCCUGGCUGGCUCUCCAAGUCGAAAUAAGUACCCUUUUAUCUAUAUUCUCCAAUAAGUAUUAUCCCUUAUUCUUUAAUACCUUUUAAAAAAUAGUACUCGUAAAAGUACUUGGAGUGCGAAGGUUUACAGUCAGUAUCAUAUGAAGAUGCACUUUACUUCAUGUUACAUACGGUAGUUAUGUUGCAUUAAAAGAAAACGAAACUACUGUACACACAUCCUCAUGAAUACCCAAGCCGAUUCAUCCGCUUUUCUUUUUGUAAAUUUGAGGUCUUCCUUUUGCUCAUGGUAUUGUUUUUUGCUCCUGUUACUCUAUGUUGUUAUCCCUGUAGCCAUGGAAGUUGUUGUGACAUUUUAAUAGCACCCCCUGCAGUACUGGAGCACUUGAUUGCAGUUCCCAGAAGGAUCGUGCAGAGAGUAUGCAAGCUUGUAUUCAUGCAAAAAGACCCUCUCGAAUGUCUCUGGAUGAAAUAUGCUCGGAGUUUAAGACUACUGUUAAGGUUUGAAUCCAGAGAGAAUGAUAUUGCAGAAGUCAAGUUAAUUGCCCCUUGGAUUUGGUGGUUAGUAAUGAGGCAGACCUUCAGUCUUUGUUUUUUUCUACAGAAACGAGUGUCUGAUGUUUACAGACCAAUAGAACGGCUCGGGGUAUUCAUAUAUAUAUAUAAAUGAAACAUAAAGAGCAGGGUACAGAAAGCCACUUCCUUACAUGUGAUGUUGUUAAUCAGCUUGAAAGAAGAUAAGCCCACUGGGAAUUCUCCCAGCCCUCCUGACUACCACUCUUGUCAUUAGUGUGAACAGCCUUCUGUCUUCAAACAGCUUUGAGCCAUGCUUUUCCCGAAUCAAUAACACCAUUUGCAUGAUGUAGAAAGGUCAUAAACAACUGAAAUAAAAGCCACUGUGUUUAUACAGCAGCCUUGAAAAAGCUUCUAUGUGGUCGAAGUCGGACAUGUAGUGUUUGGUUGAAAAACACAGGACACUGAAUGAUUUAAAGUCUGAGUUAAAAGGGAGAAUGUAUUUUUUUUUUUUUCCGUUUCCCAGAAAGACAUUAAGGCAGUAAUUAUCUCAAAGCAAAUACUGUUUAUGGAUUUCAUUUGCAUUUUACAUCCUUCUUCCUUCAUUUCUCUUUAGUAAGGUCUUUAUCCUCGGUCAGGGUCACUGUGGACC